AUGACAUUCACGGAGAUCCACGAAGCCGCAGACGACAAAGGGAAUCCCACAGCCGACGAAACCCAGAAGGCUGCGCCGUUGGCAGAAGCUCGCAGUCCAGAGUUCGAUGUCUGGGCCAAAGCGGACGACCAGCUCGUUGACUUUGCCAAUGGUGCCAUCCGCCAUUGUAUAUCGAAGCAUAAGUCCAAGGUCAUAAGGGAUGGGUAUUUCCACCGCUCUCGCCACAUCAUCUGCUUCACCCAUGAGGACGAAUUCGUCUCGGCACCUGUUUCAAGCAGCUAG